AGCAAGUACAAUUCUCCGCCGCGCAGGUUUUUUAACUGCCGAUUUCACAAGAAUCGACGUUCUCACUUGUUGAAGCUUUCAAUAGUAGAGGGACAACCUCGAGGUUUUUUUUCUUCUUCUGUACUCCCACGCAGCCAUGCUGCGCUGCACACAGGCUCUGCUGGGCCGAUGGAGCUCGCGUGAUUUCCUGCGCGGACGCAGCAAGCGCGCCGGCGCCGUGCACACGCGCCACACACACGGCCGCCAGGGCCGCUACAAGCGUCUCUCCACCGUGUGCAGCAGCAUCCGUGAUGGCCGCCGACACGCUGGCAACCACAUGCAGGGUGGUCUUGGCAUCAAGCUUGGCGGCGGGCUCUUUGGCCUGCGCAUUCCCCGGCAGCAUCAGCUCUCCCACAUGUCGAAGGAAGAGUACGACCUGGAAAUCCACGGGCACCCUAACAUCACCAACCCCUACCGUGAGCACCUCGACGAGCACCCCGAUCUGAAGAGCGUCAUGAUGAACGCCACGGUGGCGGUGAAGAUGGUGGUGCUGCUGCCGAGAGUCGCACGCAACGGCGACGGCGCCGACGCUGCGACGGUCGUACCGGCAAAAUGGAAGAGAGUUGUGCGAGACGUCAGUGACGCGCUGGAGUUCUUCGCAACGCCACGCGGCGAGACCACAGCCGAAGCAGCAGCAGCGAACGGCAGCCGCAGCGUAGAAGCGUCAGGCCCCUCCGUGGAGGUGCACUUCGCGACACUUGGGACGUCCGUGUGCUGUCAGUGGCCAUCGUGUCUCACCUGUCCUUUGUCGUCGUCGUCGCUGUCUGACGCGGCGUCGAGCUUGCGCGAACUGUUGGAGGAAAGCGUAGGGCGGCUAUACCGUACGCACUGCAAGCUGGGACAAACACUGAAGUUAGAGAAGAGCGGGGCACCGCACCCCCAGCACUCGCCGCAACUCCCUCGCGAUUCCUCAUCGCCGUCUGCACGGCGGCGCAAACAUCCGGCUGUAUUCCUGGGCGCCGCACUGAAAGCCCCUGGCGGUCACGGCGCUGUCACUGCCUCCUCCUCCUCGCGACCCUUGUCGUCCGUUGGCGCUGUGUCUUCCGCUCCUCCCUCCUUCACCUCUUUUGUCUUGGCGCAGCUCACAAACGACGCGUCUGCCUCCACCGAUGUCUCCUUCUCGGGUGUCGCGCACCGUCUGCCGCAAGAACCGUCCAUGACUCCAAAUGGCGGGGGCUUUGCGGACGUUGUACAUCACCUCAGCGCCACAGAACGGCCACUGCUGCGCGUGUGCGUCCGCCUUUCAAGCGUCCGUGAGCAUAGCGACAGCAGCGCAUUGCCCGCCGCACUGCCGUCCACGAUCGAUACCUCCUGUUCGUCCUCUUCUGCGGCUGCUGUCCCACGCAAAGUGUUAGCCUGUGAAGUGGAUGCGAACGCGGACUUGGGGGUGUGGCGGCAGGCCGCGUCCCCGCUGCGGGAGCUGCUGCGGUGGCACUACUGCGCUCAGGAUCCACGCGCGCACAACCACGACGCUCUGCCGCACCAUCGCCGCUCCCUGCCCCUAUUGGUGGUUGUGGAUGCUUCCACCGCCGAUGCCACCUCAUCUUUAUCCUCAACGAGGGCCGCGACGGGGCGUGGCGGGUUCGGCAACAGCGCCCCCACCCUCAUGCCUCGACGGCUCUCUGUGGAACUCGAGUCGACGGGGUUUCACAGGAUAGCAGAGACGUCUUUGUUGAGCGUGGCGGAGGCGAUCGCAGCGUGGUCGCCAUCGGCGCAGUGGGAGAGGUUUGCACAGUCCGCGCCGUCAUCAUCACCAACGGUGCCGGCGGAGCUGCAUCACGGGAGUGCUUGUGUCUCAUGCUAA